UUUUGGUCAAAAAGUUCAACAAGCCAUCUGAAGGACCAAUCUUUUCUUAUUUCUUCAGCCUCCCAUGCCAAAAACCCAAAUCUUUCCACACCAAAUAAAUCAACCCAGUUUCCAAAAUUCCCAAAACUCAGUUGAAUUCAAAUGAAUCCCUUGCUUCUGUAAAAUGGCCGACAUCAUUCCAGCUUCAGUCCCUGUUGAUCCCACGAGUUCACAAAUCCCGGUCGAUCUCUUUGUCUCCAAGAAGCAUCCCGGCGUUCCAGUUGGCGAAUUGGGUUUCCUCGAUUCCUCCGGCAGCACCGUUUACAAAGUCACCCAUCAAUCUCUGAAGACCACUUCUCACAAGCGCGUGUUGCUUGACGCCGCCGGAAAUCCUCUGUUUUCUUUGCGCCGUAAAGAUCAUGGGUGCUGGGAAGGAUACAAAGGGGGUGAUAGUGAAGAGAAAGACUUGAAAUUUAGAGUGAAUAGAACGAAAAAUAAGCUUACCAGAACCGAGUUGGAAGUGUUUCUUGCUGGUGAGGACUCAGCAGAUUCAGCCUGUGAUUUCAAAGUGAAGGGCUUUCCUUUCCAGAGAUCUUGCACCAUCUACAGAGGCAAUGAGAUAGUUGCUGAGACGAGUCUUAUGUACAAAUUGCACCAGCUUAUGCCAAAGAGGGGAAAAUUUCGACUGACCAUAUUUCCUGGACCUGUGGAUCAUGCUUUGGUAGCAGCCUUGAUUGUAAUAUUUCUCGAUUGAUCCCGGAUUAAAGAAGACCUGGCAUUGAACGUUUUCAAAAUUCUCAAUGCUACAAUACAACCUAGCAGGGGCAGAAUCAACGAGACGCGAAGACAUGAAGUAGUUAAAGCCCCCGAUACUUAUAAACAGACUGAUUGGUCAGUAGGUCAUGAUCUCUGGAACCAUUUUUCCCGUUCAAGAGUUGGAUUACAUUUCGUUGUCAGCUAUUAGGCGCAAUAUGGUGUACUUCAGCAUCACUUUUUAAAGAUCUAUGAUCAAGUAGCAUAGGUUUUGCUGUUCUUUUAAAGAAAUUGUGGUCUUCACUGCAAAUUCUAUGAUUUUACCGCUGCAAAUUCUAUGAUUUUUUGAAGUUUGCAAAGGUUUGAAACUGGCUAGGAUUUUCCAGUUACUUGUCUUAGGUAUGAACUUACAUGUUUCAAGUCGAGUAGUGCAGCAGUGGCAGUAGCUGCAACCUCUCAACCUUCUCUUACGAUUUCUUUUUAUUCCUACUCAAAUUCUUUCUUUCA